GGGGCUGCGGAGCCGGGCUGCACGCCCGCUCCCGCUCCCGCUCGCCGCCGCCGGCCCUCCCUCUUGGGCGCGGAGCCGCGGCCCCCAGCCUGCUCUGGACUGCGAUUUUGAAAGGGAAAGUGGCUCUUUCACCUCCCGGCUGCGAAGCGGGGAGCUUUUGUUUGGGAAGGGAUGCAAAGGGCCUUAUCCGACCCCCCACCUCCCGGGCCGAAAGGAACGAGAGCGAGGCCUGAGAGGCUCCGAAGUCCUCUUGGGUCUUGCGCUUCGUUCCCUGCUUCCUCCCCAUCCCGAAGGUGCGAGCUUUCAACCGGGAAGUCGCGCCGCCGCCAUUGUCGCGGCUGCUCCGGGGUAGGGGAGGCGGCUGCCGCUGCUUAUGUAAGUUUGACUUUGCUGGAGCCCCCGCUCCCUGCUCUCUAACGGCGGCCCAGCGCGCCAGCGGUUUGGAGAACCACAAUAAAGGGGCAGCUUUGUUUGGAGGUGUAGUUGGGGCUACAUCUUUCCCUGCACCUACACAAAUACUGGCAACGGCCGUCUUCCAGUUUAACUCACCUGAACUUAGCAACUGGAACGUCUCAGCAGAAAGUAAUGGUCCUCGGCGAUCUUGCGAGAGAGUGGGGACCAAAUAUCACACUGCACCCUCCAUCCCACCAAAUUCAGCACCGUGGUGUGUCGCCAUGGGUACUGCAGGGCCACUCCUCUCCCUAGUCCCAUGCACUUUAUUCCCACAAGCCUUAGGGAGAGUUACAACAGUGGGAAGCGACUAGGUAGCAAGGUUUUGCGUGGCUGCCUUCCCUUGGAGAUGACUGCAGGCCGAGGUACAUCGAAGGAACUGGCGGGGUCCGCAGCAACUCUAUUAGUAAUGUUGGCCAGCUCUCACGUGUGCAGAUGAGAAACCCCCUGCUACUUUAGGCAGCUUAGGGGUGUGUUUGUUUUUCUGGAGCGGGAACUUUGGAGGGUUUUCAUAAUGUUGGUCUCUAAGGUCGGUUCUUGCACCACAAUUUUUGUGGAAGAAUAUUGCAGCUCAGUCCUUGGUUCUACCACACCGAAGUUUGCGUGCUCACUGUUCAGUCGAGGAAAGAUGUUUUUCAGAAUAUUGGUCUGCAGGAUGGAGUCCCUAUGGUAAGAGUUAAAACCCCCUAAAAGCUAGAAUUUUUUCAGUCUCCCAGUAGGGAUAGAGGUGAAAACACUGGGAUUUCUCAAUUACAACAAUAAAGAGCAGUGUAGUUUAAGUGAUAGGUGCACAUCACAUAGAAGCAUGGAAAGAAGAAAGCAGCUACUGUUCUCUCUCCUCCAGGGUUAAUUGUGGGGUAUGGACACGUCUAUGACUUUAUAUUGAUUUUUAAAACGUACACACUAUAUGCUUCUAUGAGCCUAGAAAUAAAGGUGGAGGGCUACAUGCCCAAGCAGGAAGUGGUGGGGGUAGGGGAUACUUACUGGCUUUUUCUGUAUCUGUGUAGCUAUGAACCUCUGUGCAAAUCUGGGCAUGGGCUUUGUUAGGACUUCCUUAGUGGUUCUCCAACCCAUUCCUCUAAUCCCGGUGUACCGCCCCUGCACGCCCCAAGUGCCACAGCCUUUAUCUGUUCUCAUUCAUAUCUGUUCAGAGCUGGACCUGAUGCUGCCAGUCACCCUCCUCUCUGUUCCCAACCUGAAAAUGGGUACAUGUGCAAGUGGCAGGACGAGAAAGGAAAGUUUAUUUUUUAAAAUCAAUUCUUGAAAAUAUUCUUGUUUAGAAUUUGGGAUGGAGGAAGGUCCUACCUUAUUCUUGUUUGUCCUUUUCUCUUGUAGGACUGGCGCAUCCCUGAUCAGAGUUAUUCUGAUCUGAAGAAUUUGGUGUUUGAAGCAUUAAGAUAAUAGCCUGAGUUGUUCAUGGAGUUUUUCAUCAGUAUGUCUGAAACCAUUAAAUAUAAUGACGACGAUCAUAAAACUCUGUUUCUGAAAACACUAAACGAACAACGCCUGGAAGGAGAAUUCUGUGAUAUCGCCAUUGUGGUCGAAGAUGUGAAAUUCCGAGCACACAGGUGUGUUCUUGCCGCCUGCAGCACCUACUUUAAAAAGCUUUUCAAGAAGCUUGAGGUCGAUAGCUCUUCGGUAAUAGAAAUAGAUUUUCUUCGUUCUGAUAUAUUCGAAGAGGUCCUGAACUACAUGUACACAGCAAAGAUUUCUGUGAAAAAAGAAGAUGUCAACCUAAUGAUGUCAUCGGGUCAGAUUCUUGGCAUCCGGUUUUUGGAUAAACUCUGUACUCAGAAGCGUGAUGUCUCCAGUCCCGAUGAAAACAACGGCCAGUCAAAGAGUAAGUAUUGCCUCAAAAUAAAUCGCCCCAUUGGAGAUGCUGCUGACACUCAGGAUGAUGACGUGGAAGAAAUUGGAGACCAGGAUGACAGUCCUUCCGAUGACACGGUAGAAGGCACCCCCCCGAGUCAGGAGGACGGCAAGUCGCCGACGACAACGCUCAGGGUUCAGGAAGCAAUCUUAAAAGAGCUGGGGAGUGAGGAAGUCCGGAAAGUAAAUUGCUACGGGCAGGAGGUAGAAUCCAUGGAGACCCCGGAAUCGAAAGAUUUGGGGUCCCAGACCCCUCAAGCCUUAACAUUUAACGACGGAAUGAGUGAAGUGAAGGAUGAACAGACGCCAGGCUGGACGACAGCCGCCAGUGACAUGAAGUUCGAGUACUUACUCUAUGGCCACCAUCGGGAGCAGAUAGCCUGCCAGGCGUGCGGUAAGACAUUCUCUGACGAAGGCAGGUUGAGGAAGCACGAGAAACUCCACACGGCAGACAGGCCGUUUGUCUGUGAAAUGUGCACAAAAGGUUUUACCACACAGGCCCACCUGAAAGAACACCUAAAAAUCCACACAGGGUACAAACCCUACAGUUGCGAGGUGUGUGGAAAAUCAUUUAUCCGCGCCCCAGACUUAAAGAAGCACGAGAGAGUUCACAGUAACGAGAGACCUUUUGCGUGCCACAUGUGUGACAAAGCCUUCAAACACAAGUCCCACCUCAAAGACCACGAACGAAGACACAGAGGGGAGAAGCCCUUUGUAUGUGGCUCUUGCACCAAGGCAUUUGCCAAGGCGUCUGAUCUGAAAAGGCACGAGAACAAUAUGCACAGUGAAAGGAAGCAGGUGACCCCCAGUGCCAUCCAGAGCGAGACAGAACAGUUGCAGGCAGCAGCGAUGGCCGCUGAAGCCGAGCAGCAGUUGGAAACGAUAGCCUGUAGCUAGAGGUGAUGGGACAGGACCCCGCUUCGCCUGAGCCCCGGAGACUGAGACCGCAUUGUUCGUCGUACAUGAACGCCAGUCGCUGUAUUUUUGUGGAAACUUACGGAACAUUGUACUCGCUGGACUUAAGGCAGUGCUUGGUUAGGUAGUUUUAAAACUUUGCAAGGAAGUAAGGUUCCUUGGUUCCGACCAAACAGUGUCACUGUCCUGUCUGGUGUCUGGUGGUAAUGUCGCCAGUAAGUCCCCCUCCCUCUUUUUUACGAUUUUAAUUUGAGAACUCCUGUGUCCAGUUCAGAAGUAGGAGACUUCUGUUCCAUUUUUAAUUCCUCUCGACACUUGCUGCGCUGGUGAGUGUAUUGCACAGAGUGAUAAUUGAGUAAAUUGAUUUCCUGAUCAUCACGCUUAUUUGUGACUUCACAGUCAAAACAGCCUCUUUAAUAACUUAAUAAGAGUACUUCAUGUAGAUGCAGAAAAUACUGGUGGGUGGUUGACCAAGAACACCGCGUGGAUACGAACACAAGUUCCAGAAGUGCAGAAUGGCAUUAGAUUUGUAUUCGGUUUGUUAAUUUUAUAUCACUGGUUUUCACUAUUUUUGUGGACAAAUGAUGGUUGCUUUGCUAAACUGUUUCUUCAUUUUGAUUGCCCGCACUUCCCCCAAAAGAUGUAGUCACAAGUCCCGAACAAGGCUGAGCAAACCCACAGGGAUGAUGGUGGUCUGGGGGCUGAGUUCUUUAUGUUCCUCUCUUUUGGGGCAUUGUCACUAGGCGGCAGAUGCGGUUUGUGGGGUAGACCAGUUAUUAGAGGGAUAGCAAAGGGGGAAUAGGAACCUGCUCUCAGGGACAAGGUUUUCAUGUUUGCAACAAUUCCAAGAUUUUCUAGAUCAAAAUAAUUCUCAAUUGAUUUUUGAACUUGGAUUUUUAUUUAGGAUCAAAUUAGGACAAGAACAGGUAUGCUUCUUCAGAUACAUGUGUGUCACUUAAGAGAAUGUCAUCAAGCGUUUGGGCUCUCUGCAGCACGUGAUUUAUAGGAGAUGUAAUAUCGUUACUUAAAUUAAUAAAUUGAAAAUCUUUUAAGUGUGUAAAUAGUGUAGAAGUGUUGGUCUUAUGUAUUUCAAGUAAAAGUAGACAGCUGCACUUUUUUUUUUUUUGCACAUUGGAUUAAAAUAACUUUCAUAAGCAGCAAACAUCAGUCUCUUUUUUUAACUAAUAUUAAAGACUAUCAGACCAAAUUUUUAUUUUUUUGAAGUAUAUUUCAUCAUUGGUGGUUACAGUUUUAAGUAGAAUUUGGUUGCCAUUUCAUAGUCAUAAACAGAAUUAUAAACACUGUUCCAGUUUUGGUGUAUGCAAACUUUUUUUUUAACCAUUUCUUUAGGAAUAUAUUGAAAUGCCAAAAUAGUUUGAAUUAUGUUCCGUAAUAAAGUAUUAGUCAAUUAUUUUAUAAUGUACAAUUUUAGGAAAAUGUCAAUUUUCAAAAUUUAUUUUUGAUUCCUAGAACUUUUUUCCUCAAGAUACAUUAAAGUAAUUUCAUUUCAUACUUGUUGCAUUAACACCUGUAAUUGCUGUUACAGGAGAAAUUUUAUUUUUUAACUUGAUGUAUAUGUUGUGCCCAAGAUCAUAGGAUGGAGAUGCUACCUUUUAAAGAAAGUUAUUUAUUGGUAAAAUGUUUAGUUUAAAAUUAAUUUAAUCUUCUUUCUUAAAAGUCGUUUAUUCUGUCCUAAAAGUAGUCUUGUCACUGUGUUUAUAUGCUGUUAGUGGAAGGGGAACUGAUUGGCGCUCCUUGGCUGUUUUAACCAAAGCAGAGGAAAAAUAAUUUAACGUCUUGUUGAUAGCUACUACAACAAACCAUUUUUGGGGGCUUCAUUUUUGUAUAUAAAAGAAAAUAUACUUCUGUUA